UCGACCAACGAGACUCGGCUUCAUCAUCACUCUCAACUGCCAGAGCGUGAGCAACAACUCUCUUUCACUCCUACCACAACCACAACGACACUCGCCACAAUGUCAGUGGCUACAAAGGCUCCAGUCCAGCUCGCUGGCGGCGGAUUGAAGACCUACUACCGUAACAAGAUCGAGGCCGCCGAGCACGAGAUCACCAAGAAGACUCAGAACCUGCGGCGACUCGAGGCGCAGCGCAAUGCGCUCAACACACGAGUCCGUCUCCUGCGCGAGGAGCUCCAGGUGCUCCAGGAGCCUGGAAGCUACGUCGGCGAGGUCAUCAAGGUCAUGGGCAAGAAGAAGGUGCUCGUCAAGGUCCAGCCCGAGGGCAAAUACGUUGUCGACUUUUCUCCCGACAUUCCCAUCUCGUCCCUUACCCCCAACCUCCGAGUAGCUCUCCGCGCCGACUCGUACCUGCUCCACUCGAUCCUUCCCAACAAGGUCGACCCGCUCGUCUCGCUCAUGAUGGUCGAGAAGGUCCCCGACUCGACGUACGAGAUGGUCGGUGGUCUUGACAAGCAGAUCAAGGAGAUUAAGGAGGUCAUCGAGCUGCCCGUCAAGCACCCGGAACUGUUCGAGUCUCUCGGUAUCGCCCAGCCCAAGGGUGUGCUGCUCUACGGUCCCCCCGGUACCGGCAAGACGCUGCUCGCGCGUGCCGUCGCACACCACACCGACUGUCGCUUCAUCCGUGUCUCGGGUUCCGAGCUCGUGCAGAAGUACAUUGGUGAGGGUUCGCGUAUGGUGCGUGAGCUCUUCGUCAUGGCGCGUGAGCACGCUCCGUCCAUCAUCUUCAUGGACGAGAUCGACUCUAUCGGUUCGUCGCGUGGCGGUGAGGGUGGCGGUGGCGGAGACUCGGAGGUGCAGCGUACCAUGAUGGAGCUUCUCAACCAGCUCGACGGUUUCGAGCCAUCCAAGAACAUCAAGGUCAUCAUGGCUACCAACCGUAUCGACAUUCUCGACUCUGCCCUGUUGCGACCUGGACGUAUCGACCGUAAGAUCGAGUUCCCUCCACCCAACCCCGAGGCUCGUAUCACGAUUCUCAAGAUCCACUCGCGCAAGAUGUCGCUGCAGCGUGGUAUCAACUUCCGUUCGCUCGCCGAGAAGAUGGGCAACUGCUCUGGUGCCGAGGUGCGCGGUAUCUGCACCGAGGCCGGCAUGUACGCGCUCCGAGAAAGGCGACAGUAUGUCGGCCAGGAGGACUUCGAGAUGGCUGUUGCCAAGGUCCUCAAGCGCAACGCCGAGGGCAACACGAGUGUCAACAAGCUCUUCAGCUAG